AUGUACAAGACUCUCGCCUCCACCAUCACUGCCAUCGCGGCUCUUGCUGCUACCGCCUCUGCCCACGGUUCCCUCACUGGUGUCAGCCUCAAUGGCGUCUACGAGCAGGGUUACCUGAUCGAGUACUACUAUGCCAUGCAGCAAGGCGGCAAGGUCCCUGAGCACCUUGGCUGGUAUGCCGAGAACCUCGACAACGGCUUCGUAGAGCCAUCCAAUUUCGGCACUGGCGAUAUCAUCUGCCACAAGGCCGGUAGCCCCAAGGGUAGCUCGGACACAAUGGGCAAGAUCCCCGCCGGUGGCAAGAUCGACUUCCACUGGAACACAUGGCCCGCAUCCCACGUUGGUCCUGUCCUCACUUACGCUGCUUCCUACACUGGCGACAUCCAGUCUGUCAAGAAGGAGGACCUCAAGUGGUUCAAGAUUGAGGGUGUUGGUUACGAGAACGGCGAGUGGGCUGCCGUCAAGAUGAUUGCCAACAACAACACCUGGACCACUACCGUCCCUGAGAACCUUGCCGCUGGCAAGUACGUCUUCCGCCACGAGAUCAUUGCGCUCCACGCCGCUGGCCAGGAGAACGGUGCCCAGAACUACCCCCAGUGUGUCAACAUUGAGGUCACCGGCAGCGGUACCGAGAAGCCCGAGGGUGUUGUUGGUACCAAGCUCUACACUCCCACCGACCCCGGUAUCAAGUUCGACGUCUACCAGAGCAAGCUCGACAGCUACGUCGUCCCUGGUCCUGCCCCCAUGAGCGCUGGCUCCGGCUCUGGCUCUGGCUCCACCCCUGCCCCCUCCAAGCCUGCUCCCUCAUCUGCCCCCUCCAGCUCGCCUUCUGCUCCCUCGCCAAGCGCAUCUGCUCCUACUGCUUCCGUCACCCCUGAGGCCCAGAACCCUGCUCCUUCCACUGCUCCUUCAAGCGGUAACCUCCCCGAGACCUUCACCCUCGACACCUUCAUCACCUGGCUCGAGGGCAAGGCCAGCAGCUCUGCUAGCAAGGCCCGCCGCCACGCUCGCGCUUUCCUGUAA